AUGUUCUGGAACCCGCCCGGCUCACUGCACGCGCACAUGCGCCCCCGUGGAAAGAUUACACAGGUUUCACAGGAUUGCGCGCUGCGGCGGCGGAUGCGACGGGGGCGGCGCAGGCGGCCGGCGAUCAAUGCGUGCCGCCGGCCGAGGCGCGAGCGUCGGCGUGGCGCGGCGGCGGCCGGGCCCGGCCAGUGGGCAGGCGACAGGCCGGCAUGCGGGCGUCGGGACGGCGCGGCCGCCGGUGAGCUGGGCGCCGCUGGGUUGGCGAUGCGCGCCGCGCCCUGGCGCGCCUCCGUCGCCGCCGCUUCCUACCUGCUCGCCGUCACUCUCCGGCGGCACCGAUGCCUGAACCGGCCGGUGACGGACGACGGGCCGCCGCUGGCGCUGGAGCCGGGCGCCCAGGUGCCGCACGCCUCGCACCUGCACGCCGACUUCCCGGCCUACCCGCCGGGCGCCGCGCAGCGCCCGCGCCCCGUGCGCCUCCACACGCAGCUCGAGCUGCCCGACGGCUCCAUUACCGCCGUCUCCUCCUACCGCCACGACUACGACGAGAAGCACGCCGAGAGGCAGCAGAGGUACACAUACGAGGACCACCUGCAUCUCGAUGGGCAGUUCGAAGGUCAAAGUCACCUUCACGAAGAGUUCCGCGCAGUGCGUGGUGAACGUGCUCCAGUUGUGAAACAUGGUGAUCAUCUUCGUCUGGAGGGAGAGUUUCAAGGUCAGAGCCAUCUCAGAGAAGAGUUCAAACCCGUUCGUGGUGAGCGUGCUCCAGUGGUGAAACAUGGUGACCAUCUGCGUCUGGAGGGGGAGUUCCAAGGACAAAGUCAUCUGCACGAAGAGUUCAAAGAAGUCCGUGGAGAACGCGCUGAAGUUGUGCGUCACUCUGACAACCUGAGGCUCGAAGGCGAAUUCCAGGGACAUAGCCACCUAAGGGAGGAGUUUCGUGAGGUUCGGGGCGAACGUGCUCCGGUAGUCAAGCACGGAGAUCACCUUCGCCUCGAGGGAGACUUCCAGGGACAAAGCCAUGUCCACGAAGAGUUCAAGCAAGUUCGCGGGGAGCGAGCGGAGGUGGUGCGUAGAACUGACAACCUAAGACUCGAAGGCGACUUCCAGGGACAGAGCCACAUAAGGGAAGACUUCCGCGAGGUGAGAGGCGAAAGAGCAGAUAUCGUCCGCCACACUGACAACCUGAGGCUAGAAGGAGAAUUCCAAGGCCAGAGCCAUCUACGUGAGGAGUACACAGUUACAAAAGGAGAAAGGGCUCUUGCCAGAAAGCCUGAGGACAACCUGCGUCCUGAAGGCGAAUUUAGUCCAGAGAAGAGAGACGACUAUGGGGCAACUAGAGGAGAAAGGGCUCCAGUAAAGAAACCACAAGACAAUCUGAGACCUGAGGGAGACUUUGCCAAACGUGAGCCUGUACAAGUUGGACCUGGCGAUAGAGCUCCAAUAAAAAAACCACAGGACAAUCUGAGACCUGAGGGAGACUUUGCCAAACGUGAAUCUGUUCAAGUUGGGCCUGGAGACCGAGCUCCAAUAAAGAAGCCACAAGAUAAUCUGAAACCGGAGGGAGAGUUUGCCAAACGUGAACCUGUACAAGUUGGACCUGGAGACAGGGCACCAAUUAAGAAACCACAGGACAAUCUGAAACCAGAGGGAGAGUUUGCCAAACGCGAACCAGCACAAGUUGGGCCUGGAGACCGAGCUCCAAUAAAGAAACCACAGGACAAUCUGAGACCUGAGGGAGACUUUGCCAAACGUGAACCUGUUCAAGUUGGACCUGGCGACAGAGCUCCAAUAAAGAAACCGCAAGACAACCUGAAACCAGAAGGAGAGUUUGCCAAACGUGAACUUGUACAAGUUGGACCUGGAGACAGGGUACCAAUUAAGAAACCACAGGACAAUCUGAAACCAGAAGGAGAAUUUGCCAAACGUGAACCUGUACAAGUUGGACCAGGAGAAAGGGCUCCAGUCAAGAAACCUCAAGACAAUCUAAGACCAGAGGGUGAAUUUGCGAAACGAGAGCCCUCUGACGUAAGGCCAGGAGAACGUGCUGACGUAGUUAAGCACCCAGAUAACCUAAAACUUGAAGGUGAUUUCGACAGGCCUGAUGGAGUGCUGUACAGGCCAGGAGACAGAGCUCCCAUCGUUAAACAUCCGGAUAACUUGCGACUGGAAGGAGACUUCGACCGUCCAGAAAAAGCGAAAUUCGGUCCUGGAGAAAGGGCUGACGUAAAACGGCCUCAAGAUAAUUUAAGGCCUGAGGGUGAAUUCACGGGUAGGAAAAGAGACGAUUAUACUCCUACUAAAGGAGAUAGGAUGCCAGUCAAAAAGCCAGAAGACAACUUAAAGCCAGAGGGUGACUUCACUGGUACAAAACGAGACGAUUACACACCAACUAAGGGAGAAAGGAUGCCUGUCAAAAAGCCAGAAGACAAUCUAAAGCCAGAGGGUGAAUUUCUAGGAAGAAAGAGGGACGAAUUCAGUCCAACUAAAGGAGAGAGAGCACCUGUGAAAAAACCACAAGACAACCUGAAACCAGAAGGAGAUUUUACUGGAAAGAAACGUGACGACUUCACAGCGACAAAAGGCGAAAGGGCGCCUACUAAGAAACCGGAGGAUAACUUAAAACCUGAAGGUGAUUUUGUAGGUGAGAGAAGAAAUGAAUACACAGUGGUUAAAGGUGACCGAGCUGUGGUGCGUAAGCCGUCGGAUAAUUUGAAACCUGAAGGUGAAUUCACAGUGGAAAGACGGAACGAGUACACCGCUGUGAAGGGCGAACGAGCUGAAGUGCGCCGACAUGAGGACCACUUGAAGAUGGAGGGGGAGUUUAUCGGCCAGACCACUUUACACGAAGAGUUUCAGGUCGUUCGUGGAGAAAGAGCCGAAGUAAAGCGUCAUGAAGACCAUCUCAGAACGGAAGGUGAUUUUACAUCCGAGACCACGGCCCGCAGCGAAUUCACUGGAGAACGUACGGAGCGACCGAGGCUCAUCCGGCGCAACACGUGGACAAAACUGGAGGGCGAGAUGACCACCGAGACGACGGCUCGCGCCGAGUACCAGCAGCACGACGUGGUCGAGAGGACGACGGCCGUGCGCAGGCGCAGUGACAACCUCACCGUUGGAGGAGGACAAUUUGAGGGGACCUCCCAACAAAAAGAAGACUUCAAACCGCUAACGUUUGAAAGGCCCGUCAUAAAAAGACAUCAGGACAAUCUGUUAGUCGAAGGAGAUAUGUCAUUCGAAUCAUCUACUCAGGUAGACUUUACCGAGAAGGUGGGUCGUAGAGAGAGCCCAACACGCAGAAGGACAUGGACAAAACAGGAUGGGGAACGAUUCUUCGAAACAACAAGUGGGUCUGAAUUUAAAAAACAAAUGAUCACCGAAGCUAGACAAGUACAAAAACAUCACAAAGACAAUUUGAUACUAGAAGGUACGUUCAGCGGCACCCCUGUGAGUAGAGAUGACUACAAAGUUACACGAGGAGAGCGAGCUGACGUAAAGAGACCAGAAGACAAUCUUCGGCCAGAAGGAACUUUUGACGGUACUCCAAGAUCACGAGACGAUUACAAACCAGGAAAAGGUGAGAGGGUGAAAGUAAAGAAACCAAAAGACAACUUAAAAACAGAGGGGACAUUUGAAGGCACUCCACGGUCAAAGGACGAUUAUAAGCCAACAACUGGUGAAAGAGAAGAGGUACGAAAACCUAAGGACAACCUAAAACCUGAGGGAAAAUUUGAAGGAACUCCAAGGUCCAGAGACGAUUACCACCCAACCAAAGGCGACAGAGCUGAAGUGAAAAAACCAAAAGAUAACCUCAAACCAGAGGGAGAAUUCAACAUGACACCCAGAUCAAAGGAUGAAUUCAAACCUGUAAGAGGAGAGAGAGCCGAUGUUACAAGACCCAAGGACAAUCUCAGGCCUGAGGGUGACUUUGAACGGCCUGAACCAGAACGCUAUGGGCCUGGGGAACGUCCCUCACCUGUCAGGCAUCCCGACAAUCUCAAGCUUGAGGGCGACUUUGAGCGCCCAGUGCCACAGAAGGUAGGUCCUGGCGAGAGAGCCGAAGUGAAGAGGCCAAAGGACAAUCUGCGACCAGAAGGCGAGUUUGAGCGGCCAGAGCAUAAGAGGUAUGGUCCUGGUGAGAGGCCAGAAAUCGUGAGGCAUCCUGAUAAUUUGAAACUGGAAGGCGAGUUUGAUCGUCCUGAACCAAAGAAAGUUGGUCCUGGGGAGAGGGCAGAAGUUAAGAAGCCUAAGGAUAAUCUUAAACCUGAGGGAGAAUUUGAACGCCCUGAAAGGGAAAGGUAUGGGCCUGGAGAGAGACCAACACCUGUCAGGCAUCCUGACAACCUCAAGCUUGAGGGAGACUUUGAGCGCCCAGUGCCACAGAAGGUGGGACCUGGUGAGAGGGCCGAAGUGAAGAAACCAAAGGACAAUCUCCGACCAGAAGGCGAGUUUGACACGUCUCCACGGUCAAGGGACGACUUCAAGCCAACAAGAGGUGAAAGGGCCGAAGUCAAAAAGCCCAAGGAUAAUUUACGGCCUGAGGGCGACUUUGAGAGACCAGAGCUAGUGAGGUAUGGUCCAGGAGAACGAGCUACACCGGUGAAGCACCCUGACAAUCUGAGGCUGGAGGGCGAUUUCGAAAGGCCUGAGCCACAGAGGGUUGGGCCAGGAGAACGAGCAGAUGUGAAGAAGCCAAAAGACAACUUGCGGCCUGAGGGCGAUUUUGACGCCUCACCUCGUUCCAGAGAUGACUUCAAGCCCACAAGAGGAGAGCGUGCUGAUGUGAAGAGGCCAACCGACAAUCUCAGGCCUGAGGGAGACUUUGAAGGAACUCCGAGAUCCAGAGACGAGUUCAAGCCAACAAGAGGCGAGAGAGCUGAUGUGAAGAAACCUAAAGACAAUCUGCGUCCUGAGGGAGAAUUCGAGAAGCGCCAGCCAGCGCCAUAUGGUCCAGGGGAGAGAGCUGAACCAGUCAGGCACCCAGACAACUUGAAGCUCGAGGGAGACUUCGAACGACCAACUCCACAGAAGGUAGGACCUGGUGAGCGAGCUCCUGUCAAGAAGCCGGAAGACAACCUGCGACCUGAGGGUGAAUUCGAAGGCACACCACGCUCAAGGGACGACUUCAGGCCAACGAGAGGAGAUCGUGCAGAUGUGCGAAAGCCAACAGACAACCUGAGACCCGAAGGCGAGUUUGAAGGUACUCCACGAUCUAGGGACGACUUCAAGCCAACCAGGGGAGAAAGGGCAGAUGUCAAGAAGCCAAAGGAUAACCUACGUCCUGAGGGAGACUUUGAAAGGCCAGAGCCUGUGAGGUAUGGACCUGGAGAGAGAAUGGAACCUGUCAGGCACCCUGACAAUUUGAAGCUUGAAGGCGACUUUGAACGGCCGACACCACAGAAGGUUGGUCCUGGAGAGAGAGCAGAGGUCAGAAAGCCCAAGGACAAUCUGAAGAUGGAGGGACAUUUCGAGGUACCAGAGAAGCCACGAUAUGGGCCAGGUGAGCGAGCUCCCGUUGUCAAGCACGAUGACAAUCUGAGGCCAGAAGGAGAGUUUGGAGGACCAAGGUCGCGUGAUGACUACACUCCAACAAGGGGCGAGAGAGCACCAGUGGUGAGGCACGCCGAUAACUUGAAGGUAGAAGGUGAUUUUGUCGACUCUCGCACCAGAGACGACUAUCAAGUGGUGAGAGGAGAGCGUCAUGACGUCGUUAAGAGAACAGACAAUCUGAGGGUUGAAGGCACCAUGGAAACACGCCGAUCCAGAGACGACUAUCAAGCAGUCAACAUUGAGCGAGUUGAGAUCAAGCGCUAUGAGGAUAAUCUUCGGAUGGAAGGAGAGUUCAUUGACACCAGGAGGGAUGACUAUGUGGUGGUAAGAGGAGAACGUGCAGAAGUACGAAGACCACAAGACAAUCUUCGACCCGAAGGAGACUUUGAGGGCACGCCUAGAAAUAGAGAUGACUACAAGCCAACGAGAGGAGAGCGCGCCGAUGUGAAACGACCGACAGACAACCUACGCCCAGAAGGCGAGUUUGAAGGCACUCCACGAUCCAGGGAGGAGUUCAAACCCAUGAGGGGAGAGAGAGCCGAUGUUAAAAGACCCAAGGACAAUCUCAGGCCUGAGGGUGACUUUGAGCGGCCUGAACCAGAACGCUAUGGGCCUGGGGAACGUCCCUCACCUGUCAGGCAUCCCGACAACCUCAAGCUUGAGGGCGACUUUGAGCGCCCAGUGCCACAGAAGGUAGGGCCUGGCGAGAGAGCCGAAGUGAAGAGGCCAAAGGACAAUCUGCGACCAGAAGGCGAGUUUGAGCGGCCAGAGCAUAAGAGGUAUGGUCCUGGUGAGAGGCCAGAAAUCGUGAGACAUCCUGAUAAUUUGAAACUGGAAGGCGAGUUUGAUCGUCCUGAACCAAAGAAAGUUGGUCCUGGGGAGAGGGCUGAAGUUAAGAAGCCUAAGGAUAAUCUUAAACCUGAAGGAGAGUUUGAACGUCCUGAACGGGAAAGGUAUGGGCCUGGAGAGAGACCCUCACCUGUCAGGCAUCCUGACAACCUCAAGCUCGAAGGGGACUUUGAGAGAAGAGUUCCACAGAAGGUGGGACCUGGUGAGAGGGCCGAAGUCAAGAAGCCAAAGGAUAAUUUGCGACCUGAAGGUGAAUUUGAGCGACCUGAGAAGAAGGGAUAUGGUCCUGGUGAGAGGCCAGAAAUCGUGAGGCAUCCUGAUAAUUUGAAACUGGAAGGCGAGUUUGAUCGUCCUGAACCAAAGAAAGUUGGUCCUGGGGAGAGGGCAGAAGUUAAGAAGCCUAAGGAUAAUCUUAAACCUGAGGGAGAGUUUGAACGCCCUGAAAGGGAAAGGUAUGGGCCUGGAGAGAGACCAACACCUGUCAGGCAUCCUGACAACCUCAAGCUUGAGGGAGACUUUGAGCGCCCAGUGCCACAGAAGGUGGGACCUGGUGAGAGGGCCGAAGUGAAGAAACCAAAGGACAAUCUCCGACCAGAAGGCGAGUUUGACACGUCUCCACGGUCAAGGGACGACUUCAAGCCAACAAGAGGUGAAAGGGCCGAAGUCAAAAAGCCCAAGGAUAAUUUACGGCCUGAGGGCGACUUUGAGAGACCAGAGCUAGUGAGGUAUGGUCCAGGAGAACGAGCUACACCGGUGAAGCACCCUGACAAUCUGAGGCUGGAGGGCGAUUUCGAAAGGCCUGAGCCACAGAGGGUUGGGCCAGGAGAACGAGCAGAUGUGAAGAAGCCUAAAGACAACUUGCGGCCUGAGGGCGAUUUUGACGCCUCACCUCGUUCCAGAGAUGACUUCAAGCCCACAAGAGGAGAGCGUGCUGAUGUGAAGAGGCCAACCGACAAUCUCAGGCCUGAGGGAGACUUUGAAGGAACUCCGAGAUCCAGAGACGAGUUCAAGCCAACAAGAGGCGAGAGAGCUGAUGUGAAGAAACCUAAAGACAAUCUGCGUCCUGAGGGAGAAUUCGAGAAGCGCCAGCCAGCGCCAUAUGGUCCAGGGGAGAGAGCUGAACCAGUCAGGCACCCAGACAACUUGAAGCUCGAGGGAGACUUCGAACGACCAACUCCACAGAAGGUAGGACCUGGUGAGCGAGCUCCUGUCAAGAAGCCGGAAGACAACCUGCGACCUGAGGGUGAAUUCGAAGGCACACCACGCUCAAGGGACGACUUCAGGCCAACGAGAGGAGAUCGUGCAGAUGUGCGAAAGCCAACAGACAACCUGAGACCCGAAGGCGAGUUUGAAGGUACUCCACGAUCUAGGGACGACUUCAAGCCAACCAGGGGAGAAAGGGCAGAUGUCAAGAAGCCAAAGGAUAACCUACGUCCUGAGGGAGACUUUGAAAGGCCAGAGCCUGUGAGGUAUGGACCUGGAGAGAGAAUGGAACCUGUCAGGCACCCUGACAAUUUGAAGCUUGAAGGCGACUUUGAACGGCCGACACCACAGAAGGUUGGUCCUGGAGAGAGAGCAGAGGUCAGAAAGCCCAAGGACAAUCUGAAGAUGGAGGGACAUUUCGAGGUACCAGAGAAGCCACGAUAUGGGCCAGGUGAGCGAGCUCCCGUUGUCAAGCACGAUGACAAUCUGAGGCCAGAAGGAGAGUUUGGAGGACCAAGGUCGCGUGAUGACUACACUCCAACAAGGGGCGAGAGAGCACCAGUGGUGAGGCACGCCGAUAACUUGAAGGUAGAAGGUGAUUUUGUCGACUCUCGCACCAGAGACGACUAUCAAGUGGUGAGAGGAGAGCGUCAUGACGUCGUUAAGAGAACAGACAAUCUGAGGGUUGAAGGCACCAUGGAAACACGCCGAUCCAGAGACGACUAUCAAGCAGUCAACAUUGAGCGAGUUGAGAUCAAGCGCUAUGAGGAUAAUCUUCGGAUGGAAGGAGAGUUCAUUGACACCAGGAGGGAUGACUAUGUGGUGGUAAGAGGAGAACGUGCAGAAGUACGAAGACCACAAGACAAUCUUCGACCCGAAGGAGACUUUGAGGGCACGCCUAGAAAUAGAGAUGACUACAAGCCAACGAGAGGAGAGCGCGCCGAUGUGAAACGACCGACAGACAACCUACGCCCAGAAGGCGAGUUUGAAGGCACUCCACGAUCCAGGGAGGAGUUCAAACCCAUGAGGGGAGAGAGAGCCGAUGUUAAAAGACCCAAGGACAAUCUCAGGCCUGAGGGUGACUUUGAGCGGCCUGAACCAGAACGCUAUGGGCCUGGGGAACGUCCCUCACCUGUCAGGCAUCCCGACAACCUCAAGCUUGAGGGCGACUUUGAGCGCCCAGUGCCACAGAAGGUAGGGCCUGGCGAGAGAGCCGAAGUGAAGAGGCCAAAGGACAAUCUGCGACCAGAAGGCGAGUUUGAGCGGCCAGAGCAUAAGAGGUAUGGUCCUGGUGAGAGGCCAGAAAUCGUGAGACAUCCUGAUAAUUUGAAACUGGAAGGCGAGUUUGAUCGUCCUGAACCAAAGAAAGUUGGUCCUGGGGAGAGGGCUGAAGUUAAGAAGCCUAAGGAUAAUCUUAAACCUGAAGGAGAGUUUGAACGUCCUGAACGGGAAAGGUAUGGGCCUGGAGAGAGACCCUCACCUGUCAGGCAUCCUGACAACCUCAAGCUCGAAGGGGACUUUGAGAGAAGAGUUCCACAGAAGGUGGGACCUGGUGAGAGGGCCGAAGUCAAGAAGCCAAAGGAUAAUUUGCGACCUGAAGGUGAAUUUGAGCGACCUGAGAAGAAGGGAUAUGGUCCUGGUGAGAGGCCAGAAAUCGUGAGGCAUCCUGAUAAUUUGAAACUGGAAGGCGAGUUUGAUCGUCCUGAACCAAAGAAAGUUGGUCCUGGGGAGAGGGCAGAAGUUAAGAAGCCUAAGGAUAAUCUUAAACCUGAGGGAGAGUUUGAACGCCCUGAAAGGGAAAGGUAUGGGCCUGGAGAGAGACCAACACCUGUCAGGCAUCCUGACAACCUCAAGCUUGAGGGAGACUUUGAGCGCCCAGUGCCACAGAAGGUGGGACCUGGUGAGAGGGCCGAAGUGAAGAAACCAAAGGACAAUCUCCGACCAGAAGGCGAGUUUGACACGUCUCCACGGUCAAGGGACGACUUCAAGCCAACAAGAGGUGAAAGGGCCGAAGUCAAAAAGCCCAAGGAUAAUUUACGGCCUGAGGGCGACUUUGAGAGACCAGAGCUAGUGAGGUAUGGUCCAGGAGAACGAGCUACACCGGUGAAGCACCCUGACAAUCUGAGGCUGGAGGGCGAUUUCGAAAGGCCUGAGCCACAGAGGGUUGGGCCAGGAGAACGAGCAGAUGUGAAGAAGCCUAAAGACAACUUGCGGCCUGAGGGCGAUUUUGACGCCUCACCUCGUUCCAGAGAUGACUUCAAGCCCACAAGAGGAGAGCGUGCUGAUGUGAAGAGGCCAACCGACAAUCUCAGGCCUGAGGGAGACUUUGAAGGAACUCCGAGAUCCAGAGACGAGUUCAAGCCAACAAGAGGCGAGAGAGCUGAUGUGAAGAAACCUAAAGACAAUCUGCGUCCUGAGGGAGAAUUCGAGAAGCGCCAGCCAGCGCCAUAUGGUCCAGGGGAGAGAGCUGAACCAGUCAGGCACCCAGACAACUUGAAGCUCGAGGGAGACUUCGAACGACCAACUCCACAGAAGGUAGGACCUGGUGAGCGAGCUCCUGUCAAGAAGCUGGAAGACAACCUGCGACCUGAGGGUGAAUUCGAAGGCACACCACGCUCAAGGGACGACUUCAGGCCAACGAGAGGAGAUCGUGCAGAUGUGCGAAAGCCAACAGACAACCUGAGACCCGAAGGCGAGUUUGAAGGUACUCCACGAUCUAGGGACGACUUCAAGCCAACCAGGGGAGAAAGGGCAGAUGUCAAGAAGCCAAAGGAUAACCUACGUCCUGAGGGAGACUUUGAAAGGCCAGAGCCUGUGAGGUAUGGACCUGGAGAGAGAAUGGAACCUGUCAGGCACCCUGACAAUUUGAAGCUUGAAGGCGACUUUGAACGGCCGACACCACAGAAGGUUGGUCCUGGAGAGAGAGCAGAGGUCAGAAAGCCCAAGGACAAUCUGAAGAUGGAGGGACAUUUCGAGGUACCAGAGAAGCCACGAUAUGGGCCAGGUGAGCGAGCUCCCGUUGUCAAGCACGAUGACAAUCUGAGGCCAGAAGGAGAGUUUGGAGGACCAAGGUCGCGUGAUGACUACACUCCAACAAGGGGCGAGAGAGCACCAGUGGUGAGGCACGCCGAUAACUUGAAGGUAGAAGGUGAUUUUGUCGACUCUCGCACCAGAGACGACUAUCAAGUGGUGAGAGGAGAGCGUCAUGACGUCGUUAAGAGAACAGACAAUCUGAGGGUUGAAGGCACCAUGGAAACACGCCGAUCCAGAGACGACUAUCAAGCAGUCAACAUUGAGCGAGUUGAGAUCAAGCGCUAUGAGGAUAAUCUUCGGAUGGAAGGAGAGUUCAUUGACACCAGGAGGGAUGACUAUGUGGUGGUAAGAGGAGAACGUGCAGAAGUACGAAGACCACAAGACAAUCUUCGACCCGAAGGAGACUUUGAGGGCACGCCUAGAAAUAGAGAUGACUACAAGCCAACGAGAGGAGAGCGCGCCGAUGUGAAACGACCGACAGACAACCUACGCCCAGAAGGCGAGUUUGAAGGCACUCCACGAUCCAGGGAGGAGUUCAAACCCAUGAGGGGAGAGAGAGCCGAUGUUAAAAGACCCAAGGACAAUCUCAGGCCUGAGGGUGACUUUGAGCGGCCUGAACCAGAACGCUAUGGGCCUGGGGAACGUCCCUCACCUGUCAGGCAUCCCGACAACCUCAAGCUUGAAGGCGACUUUGAGCGCCCAGUGCCACAGAAGGUAGGGCCUGGCGAGAGAGCCGAAGUGAAGAGGCCAAAGGACAAUCUGCGACCAGAAGGCGAGUUUGAGCGGCCAGAGCAUAAGAGGUAUGGUCCUGGUGAGAGGCCAGAAAUCGUGAGACAUCCUGAUAAUUUGAAACUGGAAGGCGAGUUUGAUCGUCCUGAACCAAAGAAAGUUGGUCCUGGGGAGAGGGCUGAAGUUAAGAAGCCUAAGGAUAAUCUUAAACCUGAAGGAGAGUUUGAACGUCCUGAACGGGAAAGGUAUGGGCCUGGAGAGAGACCCUCACCUGUCAGGCAUCCUGACAACCUCAAGCUCGAAGGGGACUUUGAGAGAAGAGUUCCACAGAAGGUGGGACCUGGUGAGAGGGCCGAAGUCAAGAAGCCAAAGGAUAAUUUGCGACCUGAAGGUGAAUUUGAGCGACCUGAGAAGAAGGGAUAUGGUCCUGGUGAGAGGCCAGAAAUCGUGAGGCAUCCUGAUAAUUUGAAACUGGAAGGCGAGUUUGAUCGUCCUGAACCAAAGAAAGUUGGUCCUGGGGAGAGGGCAGAAGUUAAGAAGCCUAAGGAUAAUCUUAAACCUGAGGGAGAGUUUGAACGCCCUGAAAGGGAAAGGUAUGGGCCUGGAGAGAGACCAACACCUGUCAGGCAUCCUGACAACCUCAAGCUUGAGGGAGACUUUGAGCGCCCAGUGCCACAGAAGGUGGGACCUGGUGAGAGGGCCGAAGUGAAGAAACCAAAGGACAAUCUCCGACCAGAAGGCGAGUUUGACACGCCAGAGCCUGUGAGGUAUGGACCUGGAGAGAGAAUGGAACCUGUCAGGCACCCUGACAAUUUGAAGCUUGAAGGCGACUUUGAACGGCCGACACCACAGAAGGUUGGUCCUGGAGAGAGAGCAGAGGUCAGAAAGCCCAAGGACAAUCUGAAGAUGGAGGGACAUUUCGAGGUACCAGAGAAGCCACGAUAUGGGCCAGGUGAGCGAGCUCCCGUUGUCAAGCACGAUGACAAUCUGAGGCCAGAAGGAGAGUUUGGAGGACCACGGUCGCGUGAUGACUACACUCCAACAAGGGGCGAGAGAGCACCAGUGGUGAGGCACGCCGAUAACUUGAAGGUAGAAGGUGAUUUUGUCGACUCUCGCACCAGAGACGACUAUCAAGUGGUGAGAGGAGAGCGUCAUGACGUCGUUAAGAGAACAGACAAUCUGAGGGUUGAAGGCACCAUGGAAACACGCCGAUCCAGAGACGACUAUCAAGCAGUCAACAUUGAGCGAGUUGAGAUCAAGCGCUAUGAGGAUAAUCUUCGGAUGGAAGGAGAGUUCAUUGACACCAGGAGGGAUGACUAUGUGGUGGUAAGAGGAGAACGUGCAGAAGUACGAAGACCACAAGACAAUCUCCGACCUGAGGGUGAAUUUGAGGGCACACCUAAAAGUAGAGUUGAUUACAAACCAACAAGGGGAGAGCGUGCUGAUGUAAAACGGCCCACAGACAACCUAAGACCAGAAGGUGAAUUUGAAGGCUCUCCACGGUCGAAGGAGGAGUUCAAACCCAUGAGAGGAGAAAGAGCCGAUGUUAAAAGACCCAAGGACAAUCUUAGGCCUGAGGGCGACUUUGAGCGGCCUGAACCAGAACGCUAUGGGCCUGGGGAACGUCCCUCACCUGUCAGGCAUCCCGACAACCUCAAGCUUGAGGGCGACUUUGAGCGCCCAGUGCCACAGAAGGUAGGUCCUGGCGAGAGAGCCGAAGUGAAGAGGCCAAAGGACAAUCUGCGACCAGAAGGCGAGUUUGAGCGGCCAGAGCAUAAGAGGUAUGGUCCUGGUGAGAGGCCAGAAAUCGUGAGACAUCCUGAUAAUUUGAAACUGGAAGGCGAGUUUGAUCGUCCUGAACCAAAGAAAGUUGGUCCUGGGGAGAGGGCAGAAGUUAAGAAGCCUAAGGAUAAUCUUAAACCUGAAGGAGAGUUUGAACGUCCUGAACGGGAAAGGUAUGGGCCUGGAGAGAGACCCUCACCUGUUAGGCAUCCUGACAACCUCAAGCUCGAAGGGGACUUUGAGAGAAGAGUUCCACAGAAGGUGGGACCUGGUGAGAGGGCCGAAGUCAAGAAGCCAAAGGAUAAUUUGCGACCUGAAGGUGAAUUUGAGCGACCUGAGAAGAAGGGAUAUGGUCCUGGUGAGAGGCCAGAAAUCGUGAGGCAUCCUGAUAAUUUGAAACUGGAAGGCGAGUUUGAUCGUCCUGAACCAAAGAAAGUUGGUCCUGGUGAGAGAGCUGAAGUUAAGAAACCGAAGGAUAAUCUUAAACCUGAAGGCGAGUUUGAGCGUCCUGAGCAUGUAAGGUAUGGGCCUGGGGAGAGACCCUCACCUGUCAGACAUCCUGAUAAUCUCAAACUCGAGGGUGACUUUGAACGACGUGUGCCGCAAAAGGUGGGACCUGGUGAUCGGGCUGAGGUGAAGAAGCCAAAGGACAAUCUCCGACCAGAAGGCGAGUUUGAGCGGCCAGAGCAAAAGAAAUAUGGUCCUGGCGAAAGACCUAAAAUUGUGAAACAUCCUGAUAAUUUGAAACUUGAAGGAGACUUUGAUCGCCCAGAGCGACAGAAAUUUGGCCCUGGACAGAGAGCUGAUGUGAAGAAGCCAAAGGAUAACCUGAAACCAGAAGGUCCCUUUGAGGGUUCACCUAGAUCCAAAGAUGAAUUCAAACCAACAAAAGGUGAAAGAUAUGACGUUAAGAAACCUGUGGAUAAUCUGAAGCCUGAAGGGGAGUUUGAAAGCCGAAGGAAAUCUAAGGACGAGUAUACCAUUGUACGUGGCGAAAGGGCCGAUAUUGUGAAACAUACUGACAAUCUCCGAAUGGAGGGGUCGUUCGAAGAACGAAGGAGCAGAGACGAUUAUGCUGUUGUGAAAGGGGAGAGGACGGAAAUUAAGAAGCAUACUGACAAUCUCAAAGUAGAAGGGAAGUUUGAAGGUAAACGUACACGUGAUGACUACAAUGUUGUUAAAGGUGAGAGGGCUGAAGUUGUAGUUCAUCGAGACAAUCUCAAGGUCGAAGGAACUUUUGAAGCUUCCCCCACAACGCGUGAUGCUUUUAAGCCUACUACAGGAGACCGUGCAGAAGUUAAAAAGCAUACUGACAACCUCAAAGUUGAAGGGCGCAUCGACAUCCACCGAUCGCGAGACGAUUACACUGUAGUGAAGGGAGAGCGUGCUGAUAUUAAGAGGUAUGAGGAUAAUCUCCGUAUAGAGGGAGACUUUACUGAUAAACGCUCAAGCGAUGAUUUCAAACCAGUUAAAGGAGACAGGGCAGAAGUUAAAAAAUACCAAGAUAACCUUAAGUUGGAAGGUUCUUUUGAAGGAAGUCCAAGAUCGAAAGACGAUUUCAAACCAGGGGCUGGAGAGCGUCCUACCAUCCGAAAACCUCAAGACAAUCUAAAAGUUGGUGGAGACUUCCAGGGUAGAACAACCCAGAAAUCGCAGUACACAGUCGUAAAAGGUGAGAGAGCCGAAGUCAAGAAACAUGCUGACACGCUUUCUGUGGGAAGUGGCACAAUGGACUUGAAAACGACGAGUAAAGAUACUUUCCAAGGCCAGAGACGAGAAUCGGCGUCAUCUAGAGCUACAAUCAAUAAAAGACGGCAUAUGGAUUCUCAGAUUUCGCUCGGAGAUGAAAAUAUUAUUAUAACUACGACCAACAGAGCUAACUAUAAAACAGAAAAACGUGUAUCGGAUGUCGUUGAUGGUGGAAAGACCAUUCAGGACACUAAAAAGUCUACUACGACAGAAAAGAAGACGUUAGCCGAUGGUACAGUUGUUACAAUUACGAGAGAAUGCACCGAAACUAUGAGAGGUCAAGAAGCAAAGACUUCACAGACGAAGGUAACACAGCAGGAGGCGAGCUCAAAGAGUACUCUACUAACAUCGUCAGUUGAUAAAGUACAGCAACAUUCGGCCCAACACGUGUCGGAUAACAGGAAAAUUUCUACAUCCGAAAGCGCAACGCACAUGUCAAAGCAAAAUGCUUCACAAAUGUCCAGGUCCGAGAGUGCGACACAUGUGUCAAAGGCAAAUGCUUCGCAGGUGUCAAGAUCUGAGAGUGCGACACACUUGUCGAAGGUAAACGCUUCUCAGGUGUCAAAAUCCGAAAGCGCGACACACAUAGAAAAGACUAGCUCUUCGCGCAUGACCCAGGAAUCAGUAUCGUCCACCAGUGAACGUACACUCCAGAGCCAGCAGCAUUCGUCUGUGAGUGAGACCACAAGGGGAGGUUCAAGGACUCACGCUAGCAGCAGUGAGUUCAUGGAGGCCAUCAGCGGCUCGUCACCCGGGGAUGCGGCCGUCGCGAAGACUGGCCAUCACCGCAAGAGCAUAAUCUCAUCCACGUCAGCUGACUUGAGCAACGCCGUGCUCCACCGGAAGAGCAUGACAACGUCGACGGAAGCCCUGCACACCAUCUCCACUGCAGCGUCCGCACAAAGAAAGAGCAUCAGCAACCUGCACGAAACAGGCCAGUUUAUCAGCAACUCGUCACAGAGCCAGGACAGGCGAAGCCUGAGUGCCCUGCACCGGCAGGGCCAGCAGACACGUGACAAUGUCUCUUCGGUAAUCAGUGUCGAUCACCAGCACCAGCAGCACGGAGCUGUGCGACGCUCCUCGACCUACAAUCAACAGCAGCAGCAGCACCACCAGAACCAGCUGUCUCGCACAGAACGAAUCGUCCGACAAGACAACCUAUCCGUGGGUGGAGGCAUGUUCCACGGGCAAAGCGAAGCCAAGGCCUAUGGAAACUUCAUCAGCAAUGGCAACAGCUCUACAGUGGUGCGAAGCGAGCGUGUCACCAGGAGGUCCAAUACGUCGCACAUCAGCCUCGGCGACUCUUCAUCCACCAUAAUCGCCUCGUCAUACAAAAACGAAUACGUUCCAAGGAACACAGGUCCUUGCCCCGCGAGUUUGCUCGACACUAAAGACUCGCCGUUCAAGCACAAACGCGACACUCCAAAGCACAAGUUCUAUGCUCCAGUCGGUUCGAAUUAAUCUUUUUUACCCUUAUGUUCCUCCGAUACCGAGAGAUACUUGCGGUUCGGACAGCCUUUCGCACAAGACUGUACAAGCAAUGAUUGCUUUGUAAUUUUUGAAAUCAUAACCCUUUAUAAACCGUAGCAACGUUCUCUUAUUCUCCCUCCCCACAGACACAAACGUAUGCAAGGAACACGACGGCAAUAAUCUCCAGUAUAGUGUUUCAACAGUAUGUCUUGGGCCUUUACUGCCACAUCCUCUUGUGCUAAAAUGGGUAUCGCGGUUCCUUAUUCUUCCAUUAUUAAUGCUAAUAACCUUCUGGUGGCUAAACUGUGAUAGUAUGUAACCGUCCCUCGUUACACAUUUGUUGAUUGCCUUGGAAAGACAAAUCUAACAUAGUUAUGUUGUAAGGAUUUUUAACAACAGAUGAAGAUAUAUUUUAUUAAAAAUUUAGUGAUUAGUAGAGCUUACUGGUUGUACUGUUUUUAUAAGAACAUUUUUAUUCCCAUGUUGCUGUGUUUAAAAUGUUUAUUUUAAACUUCAUGAUUAAUACUGAUUUUGCUUUGUGGUUACUUUCAAAUCACGGUUGAGAGUUUGCCUAUUUGCCUUUACUCGUUUGUAAACUUUAAAACAUGACCUUUUUUAAUCUGAUUUACAUGGAUAAUUUAUUUCAAUAAGUUUAUUACAGAAUUUUUCGGCUUUUGUUUAUGACUAAGGUGCAUUAAUCGCUGUAGCAUCAAACAAAAACAAAAUAAAAUUUUGUUGUACAAAUA